AUAAAAAGGAUGAACCAAUCAAAAAACGUCCAAUCUCUUCCAAUAAUAACAUCGUUAUUCAUCGUCAUAAUAUGGGCAUCCAAUCGCGUUCACGGAGCAACUUACGUAGAAACAUCCGAUACUGGUCAAUGUACGCUACGCGUUAUGGGGCAAGAUGAUACUCUUAACCCCGGGGAAAUAUGGAAAUCAUCUCACGAUCUGUGCACGGAAUGUUCAUGCCGCCAAUCCCCAGACGACGGUUUAUGGCAUACGGAUUGUAAAAGCUGUGGAGUUGUAGCUACACCCUGUGAGAGUAUUCCUGAUGACGAUACCCUAUAUCCGGAUUGCUGUCCAAAACUCUGCGGCAACAUAUCCUGACCCAAUAAACAAAACAAC